AUGAACAAACUACGGAAACCUACACCUUCCUCACCUGCAAAUCGUGGACUUAGCGGGCCAGCUCCAAGCAGCUCCAAUGCGCGCACGACUAGCACCCCCGCUCAUUCUGCACGAUCCCCGACGCGCCCACAAACACUGACAGAGGCGCUGAUCGUUCCUUCGUAUCAUACGACAACGCCAGUCGUCUCUAGAACAAUGACUUACGCUACAGCUGACGCGGCCCUCGUCUCCUUCAAACCAUCUCUACCGUCUCCGCCAGUCCCACAACAGCAACAGCCAGCGCUCCGGUACCCCAAGGCGCACGCGCCGCUCCCGAUGUCCCCAGCAGAGCAAUACUGGGCCGCCCGCGCGCUCACAGCGGAGACACUACUGUCGGCGGCGGAGGCGCACCAGCGGGAGGUGCGGAGCGCGGUGGAUGCAGAAGAGGAGAAGCGACUGAGAGACAUCACAGUGCUGCAGAAAGCGCACAGCGAGCGGGAGCACAAGAUGGAGCGCAUUAUGAUGUUUUCCGGGGUGUUCAUUGCGCUCCUCGUAGCCGUGCUCGUUUAUCUCCUCGUUGACCACCACCAUGCACGGCACAAGGGACCAGCGCCCUCGAUGUGGGGCGUGGCCUUGCCGUCCCAUUUUACGAUCCCUAUUCUCUCACCGUGGACGUCCGUCGUGGAGCACGAGGCGUCGGUGAUUGGCGCGAAAACGACGAUCGCCUUCGCGCUGAUCGCGGCGGGACUUGCGUAUGCCAUGUUCAGAUACUGGGCCGCAGCGCGUGGACAUCGGCAACAGCAAUGA